GUUGAUCAUGGAUAGUGCAACAGAGCUGAUGAAAGUGACGGGCGUGGUUCAGCGUCGGCCGCAGUGGACCCGUUUACUGAUCUGGAGCACAUUGGGAAGCACCAUUGGCACCGCUGUGCCUGGUGGUUAUUGCAUGGCCAUUAUCAAUAAUCCCGCCGUGCACAUGCGCUCCUGGUGUGAAUUGACCUUGCUGCAGAAUUAUGGGUGGCAGCUGACGCCCGCUGCCCUGGACACACUUUGGGCGUUGAUUGUGUCCAUCUACUUGAUUGGCGGCGUUUUAGGCUCCGCCUGUGCUGGCUGGGCAGCGAAUCGAUUUGGUCGACGUGGUUGCCUUUUGCUCAGUUGCUCACUGAUGCUGUUGGCGGCUUUUGGAUUUUUUUGCUGCCGUCUUCUGCAGUCGGUGGAGGUGCUGCUGCUCUGUCGUCUGGUGGUUGGAUUAGGCGCUGGUCUAAUAACUACCUGUCUGCCCAUGUAUCACAGUGAAAUUGCAGCAUUGACGCAGCGUGGCACUUUGGGCGUCUGCUGUGCGGUAGGCUUCUCCAUUGGCAUUUUGCUCGCUCAGAUCCUUAGCAUGGAUGGGCUGUUGGGUGGCGAACAGCAUUGGCAUAUUGCUCUUAGCUUUUAUGCGGUCUUCAUCGUCAUUUGCUUUGCUCCGUUUCGCUGCUAUGCUGAGAGUCCCAAGUGGUUGUACAUUGUGAAGGAGCAGCGUGAGAAGGCGCUUCGCAUGCUUGGCCGUUUGCGUGGCAGCAAGUUCGAUUUGCAGCAGGAGAUUGGGGUCAUGGAACAGGAGGCAGCCGGCAAGUGCCGCAGUCGCAGUUUGGGUGAAGUCCUCAAGGACAAAAGAAUGCUGCUUCCACUCGUCCUGCUCUGCGCUUAUCAGGGUGGCCAGCAGCUGACCGGCUGUUCUUCGAUUUUCUACUACUCCGCAGACUUAUUCAGGAGCAGCGGUCUCUCUCCAAUAGCAAUUGAAUGGUUGGUCCUGGCCGUUGGGAAUGUCAAUUUGCUCAUGUCACUGCUGAAUCCUUUGCUCAUGGCUAAUUUUAAUAGGCGCACUCUGAUGCUGCUCUCCAGCUUCUUGUGUGCGUUGCUCAUGUUUGCCUUUGGCUUGCUUGUCAAAUAUAGCUCAAUGAUACCCUGGUUAACCUAUGGUACCAUUGCCAGCAUAUUUCUUUUCCUUAUCGCCUUUCAGCUGGCCCUGGCUGCCAUGCCCUCCUUUAUAGGCACAGAGCUCUUUGAGGUGCCAUCGCGUUCGGUGGCCAACUCCUUGGGCAAUCAAGUGGGCUGGGGUUGCAAUUUCUUGGUGGGCUUUCUGUUUCCCACAAUGCACACAUUGCUGGACUUUUGGGUGUUCAUUUUAUUCUCCUUCUUCAGCUUGCUGCUCUUCUUGCUGACUAAAACCUAUAUGCCCGAGACGCGGGGACGAGAGGUUUCUGUUGUUGCCGAAUUGGUUUCUCGUGGAUUUAAAAGCAAAGUACGUUAAAUGUUUGAUUCAUUUAAGGAAUGUAUAAUUCUUAUAAUUAUUAUCAGGGGCAUACUUUGUAGCACUUAUAUCACUUAAGGGUGUUUAAUAUAAUAAAAAACGAGAA